AUGAUGAAAAUUAGCAAAGAUAAACGAAAUAUACGAUAUGAAUAUGAAUUAGACAAAUUAAAAAAAAAAAAAAAAGAUAAUAUUUUAAUUUUAAAUAUAAUAAAUAACAAGAUAAAUUAUAUUUGCUAUAUAUUAAAAAGUGAUUAUCGAAAUAUAUUAAAUGACAUAAAUUAUGAGAAUAAAAAUUCAAUAGAAACAUGUUUUUAUUAUUCAAAAUCUUAUAUAACAUUUUUACUUUUAUAUUACCCAUAUAUUCAUAAUUAUAUAAAAUGUUUAAGAAAUAAUAAUUUAAGAAUAUAUAAAAAUUUUUAUAAGCAUAUAUUAAAAUUGCCAAAUAAUUUCUACACAUUAAUAUUCAAAUUAAAAAUACUUGAUAUAAUAAAAGAAAAUAAAUGUUCAUUAAAUUCGAGUAAUGAUAUAAAUUAUAUAAAUAAAAAUAUACAAGAAUUUAGUAGUAAUAAUAUUAGUAACACUUUUUUUGAAAAUACGAACAAAACUUAUAGUAGCAAUAGUUAUAUCGAUAACAAUGCAGGAGGGGUAGCUGCUUUUCACAAAAAUUAUUCAUCAUCUUCCCAACUUGUAUUAAAUACUCCAAAUUUUUAUGACAAUUUUUCAAAAAAUAAUUUUAUAAAAAUAUUAUUUUCCAGAAUUUAUAAAAAAAAAUAUCAUAAAUCAAUAAUAAAAAUACUUGAACUUGUCUUAUUUUACCAUUCUUUGCCGUCCUUUUCAUUCUCACAAAAUUUUUUUCAAAAGUAUCACAACAAUAAAAGAAAUAGUGGAUUGGAUCGCAAGCAAUGUAAAUCCAAUAAAAAUAAACAUUUUAAAAAAUUAUAUUUCAAAACACCGUUUUUUAAGCAUGUUAUUGUACCGACUAUAUAUUUAAAUGAGGAUUGUAAAAAUGUGGAAGUGUUAGCUAAAAAAAAACUUGUUAAAAUAAAAAAAAAAAAAAUAAAAAAUAAAAAAAUAAAAAAUAAAAUAAAAAAAAAUGUGGCAGCAAAAGUAGAAGAAGAAAAUGCUGAUUAUUCAUUAUCAGAAAAUACUGGAAGUGAUAUUACUGAAAAAAGUUUAAGUUGUUUAAGUAAUUCAGAAGACGAAAGAGAAGUAAAUGAAUUUUUAAAAAAAGAAUUUAACUAUGAUAUUAAUCUAAAUAAAAACAAUGAAUCUCAUGAUAACAUAUAUUUUAACAAUUAUAAUGAUCAAUCUGAAGAAAUAAUACCAAAUGAUAAAAAUAUUAACGAUGGUCAAAUGAAUACUUCAUCGGUUUUAUCUUCUACACUUAACAACGAGAAUAUAUGUACGAAUAAAAUAAACAUUCAAAACGAAUAUUAUAAAAAUGAAAAUAAUAAUGAAUUGAAUUUUUCAGAGCAUGUUGUAAAUAAUGGGGAAAAUAUUUCAUCAACGAGAGAAAUAAAUAAUUUGCAAGUAAAUGAUAUAUCUGAUAAUUUUUUAAAAUUUAUAUAUAAUUAUAAUAAAAACAAUAAAUCAUUAAAAAAUGCAGAAUUAAUAUAUGGGAAAUAUAUACUUGAUGAUAUACAAAGUUUUAUAUUAUAUAGAAAAAACAAAGAAUUUAAUAGUAAUACUAAAGAUAAUAAUAAUGAAAAAAAAAAAAUAUAUAUUCAUGAAAUUUGGAAAGAUUUAAUAAAUUUUGAUGAUGCUGAUGAUAAUAAAAAUACUUUAAUACAUAAAGCUUGUUUAGUUUCAAAUAUAAACAUAAUAUUUAUUUUGUUGAAUUUAAAUGUCAAUCUAAUUGCUUAUAAUGAUAAAUCAGAACUCCCUUUACACUGCACUAUUUAUGGAACAAAUAAGUACAUUUUUUUAUUACUUCUUCACAAUACUAUUGAAUAUAUAUUUUUUUAUUACAUCCAAUUAUUUAAGGAUAAAAACAACGAAAAAAAAAAAAAAUCUAUAAAUAGCCAAAAUAUCAAAAAAGAGGCCAAAACAUACACACUUAAUAAUUAUAAUAGCAUAAUAAAUAUCAAUAAUGAGAAAAAAGAAAAUCAUCAAAAUACAAUAAAAAAUAUAAACGAAAUUAGUGAUAGUAGUAUUCCUCAUCAUACAUGUGAUAAAACGGAUAUAAUAAGUGAUGAUGUAGAAAAUGAUAAAAGUGUUAUUCGAAAUUCUCAUAUAAAAAAUAAACAAAAAUAUAUAUAUUAUAUAAAAAAUAAUUUUUUCUAUUGCAAAAAGAUAAAUCAUAAAUUUAUUUGUACAGUUGUAAAGCUAUAUUUAAGUUUAUUUGUAAAAAUUAUUGAACUAGGAAAUUAUGAAUUUUUAAAGAUUAUGUUUAAUUAUAAUAAACAGAUAUUUUGUUAUAUAUUACAAAAUCAAGAAAUGUUAUAUUUCCUUUGUUCAUUUGCUCGUAUGUACAAUUCGCUAAAUUUGUUUAUAAAAUUUUGUAAUGAUAUUUUUUCUUUUGAUAUUGUUAAAGAGAAUAAAAAAAAUCCAAAAAAAAGAUCUAAUACUGAAGCAGCAUUUAUAGAAAAGGAAAUCAAUAACAAUAUUAAAAAAAUUAAGUCUAACAUAACUGUUGAUAUUGAUAAUAUUGAAACAGAAAAUAUUGUAAAUCACGAAGAAGAAGCGCUUUCAAAAAAUGAAUCAAAUGAAUUAGAUUCAGUUUCUGUAAAAAUAAACGAAGAGGAAAAUAAAAAUAGUAUAAUAAAAAUAUCCCAAAAUAGUGAAAAAAAAAAAAAUGAUUUUAUAAAUAAUUAUGUGAUAAAAAAAAAAACAGAUAAAAAAAAUAGGAUAGAAAUAUUUUACUCACAUGAAUGUGCUAAACAUAUAUUUGUCCCUGAACCAACUGAUUAUCCAUAUAUGCGAAAUAGAAUUAAAAAUAGCAUACCUGAAAAUUCAACAAGAUUAGAUGUUUUAAUAUCUAAUAAACAUGGAAUAUUAAAAUUAAAUACUUUUGUAAAUUUUAAAAUUAAAAAAAUUCAAAGAAAAGCUACAGCAUUAGAUGUUUUAAGAGUGCAUGAUGUGUCAUAUAUAAAGAUGCUGUUACAAAAAAUGAAAAAAUUAAAUUAUUACAAUACUAAUGAUAAAUUUGAUAAUUUUUUAGAACCUUCGAAAAAAAACAUUAAAAAUUAUUUAGUAUUACCUGAAUAUUAUAGCGAAUCACCAAACAAUGACAAUAUUCCUGAUCAUAUCAAAAUGUUAAAAAAUAAUAAUAUUAUAAGUAGUAUGUACGAAGGAAAUCCAAAUUCUUCUACUCAACAUGGAGAUAAUAAUAAUCCCCAAUUUGAUAGCGUUGGUGAAGAUUGUGAAAAUAAAAAAAGUGGAUAUAAUGGAGGGUAUGGAAGGGAAUUAGAUAGUGGUAUAAACAGUAGUAAUAAUAUAACUGAGGGAAAAAUAUCGAGCUAUAAUAGUAGCAACGUAACUACAAUACAAAGCCCAGAAAAAAAAAUGAUCAGUAAAAAAUAUAGCAGCAAUAAUAGUAUUUUUAAAGAGAAAUAUGAUAAACUAGUUUUAAUAGAUAACGACACAUUUGUUAAUAAGCAUUCAUUUAAUUGUGCAUUAAAUGCAAGCGGGGUCGUUUUAAAUGCAGUUGAUUAUAUAUCUUCAAAAAAUUCGAAAAAAAACAAAAAAAAAAUAUUUUGUGUAGUAAGACCACCAGGACAUCAUCUUGGCACAUUUGGCGCAGCUCAAUUCAAUUUAUCAGAUGAAGAUAAAGCAGCAGGUAGCCAAGGGUUUUGUUUAUUAAAUAAUAUUGCUAUUGGUAUAUCAUAUGCAAAAUAUAAAUAUGAAAAGUAUGAAAGAAUAGCAAUAAUAGAUUUUGAUGUACAUCAUGGUAAUGGAACAGAACAAAUUAUAAGAAAUAUCGGAUUAAAAAAAAUAAAAAUUAAUGACUAUAUUGAUAUUUAUAGUUGGAAAGGGUGGAAAGAUAAAAAUGAUAAGAAAAAUGUUUUUUUUAGUUCUAUACAUGCAUUUGAUGGUUAUUUUUAUCCUGGAACGGGUUAUGAUACUGUUGAAUUAGAACCAUAUAUAAUAAAUGUAACAUUAAAAAAAAAUAUGGAUGAAAAUGAUUUUUUACAGUUAUUCCAUAAUAAUAUAUUAAUACAUUUAUAUCAUUUUAAGCCUGAUAUAUUAUUUUUAUCAGCUGGUUUUGAUGGGCAUAAAUUAGAUUAUGUAAAUAAUGGAUUUGUUAAGAAAAAUACGUCAACAUAUUUUUAUCUAACUAAUCUUAUUGUUUCAUUACAAAAUAAAUUACAUUUCCCUAUUAUUAGCGUUUUAGAAGGUGGGUAUAACACAUCAAAUGAUAUGGCAUCUGUUUUUAGUUUGUCAGUCCUUGAACAUGCUUUAUCUUUUUAUUACAAUGAUAUAUCAUUUUUAUCACGAAAAAAAAACAAAUCGAUAACUAAUACUAUCUCAAAAAAAUGCGCACGAAAAGAGAGAAAAAAAAAUGUAUUAAAAUUUCCAUAUAUAUGUUUAGGAAAAACAAAAAUGGAAGAAAUGUUUAAAAAUUAUUUUGCCGUUUUUAAAGAAAAAACCAAAGAAACUGCAAAUUUAAAUUUAACAAAUAAAGUAGUUGAAUAUCAUAAGUAUAUUAAAGAGUAUGAUCGAAAAGAAAAUGAAAUGAAAAAAAAAAUGUCAAAAUUUUUAAACAAAAAUAAAUUAUAUUUCCAAAACAUACUAAAUGAUACUAAUUUACUUUCUACAAGUAUAAAUAUAAAACUACCAUUCGAAUCAUAUUUUUAUCAAGUUUUAUUUCUUUUAAAAAUAAAAUUAAAAAAAAAAAAAUGUUUAAAAAAAAAAAAACAGCUAUUUUCGCAGGACGUUAAUCAAUACUUCUCCAUUUUGAACAACCCUUCCGAUAUUCAAAAUUUAAAAUCUGUCUAUAUUCAACAGCAUCCCGAUACAAAAUUUGAGUUAAAUAAUUUAUGGAAUCACCUAAAAAAUUAA